AUGCUCAUGAAUCAUUACAUCCAUAAACUUCAUUCAAUUUCACCACUCAAAAAUCAAGACCAUAUGAAUGUCCAUGUUUGUCAAAGCUUGGAAUUCAAAUGCAAAUUGGAAAGAAAAUAUCCAGAUGAAAUAUCAUUACAUUUUGGGAUACUACAAAGAGCAAAGAAGCAGAUUAUAAAAUGCAAGCUUACAAUUCAUGAUGCCAUUCGCCAGCUUGAUUCUCUAAGUUCAGUUGGUAGCAUUGAAGACGGAACUUGCAAUCGGGCGUUUCACCAAAGGUGUCUUGAUCCUCCUUUUGAUACUGAAAACAUUCCUGCUGGAGACCAAGGUUGGUUUUGCAAGUCUUGUGAAUGUAAGACUGAAAUACUCAAGGCAACAAAUGCGUAUCUCAUGACUCGUUUCUCUUUAGACAAUACUUGGCAGGAUGUAUUCAAGGAAGAAGAUGUUAUUCCCGAUGGUGACACGGGAUUAUUAAAUCAAGAAGACUCUUCAAAAGCACCUUACAGUAGGAUAAAGUUGGAGUCCCUAAAAUCAGAAACAAAAUUCAUUGAUAAUCGCAUAGUGAAAUGCACUGGUAGUUGCACAAUCCAGGCUGGGACCAUCAAUGUUCAUGAUACCAGAAGAGAAAAUCAGAAAAAACUGAGGAAAAUAUGGACAUCAGCAUAA